AUGCUGAACACAUUCUCGUCAGUGAGGGUUCUUGAUGUUGCGCAGACAACGCGCAAUACACACGGACCGGCCACUCCUGGCACCGCGGCGGCCAUUGGAAACAUACACACAGACCACACACCACAACUCCCUCCUCGUAUCAAGCAACCGCAGCUUGUGAUACCGAGCGCCAAAGCCAAGCCCGGCGGUCGUCACGAUAAUGAUUUUCUAGCAAUUUCUGAUAUCCAAAUCCUACCAACGUAUGGAGAGAUCAUGAGCCAACGACUGGAGUACCUACCCACAACAGACUUCACGCAAGAGAGUUUUCACAAGGAUAUCAGGAAACGUUAUAUCGAUACCCUCUUUCGGCUCUAUCGUCACAACAUCUUCGCGACUGUGAAAGAUUUCCUUCCACACUACUAUGCCGCGGCUACCAUCCAGAAGGUUGAUGUCGGCCCAGAGAACGGCAUAUUGUGUACCAUAUCAUUCUUGCAACUCCCACACCUUCGGAAGAUGUCACAGAAAGACCAGGUUAAGUGGUGGGUGAACUCCUCGCGCCUUGAACCGGGCAAGCUGCUUGCCAUGGUGGCAUCCCAUGAAGGGGUUAGACGGCUGCUGUACCUUGUGGUAGAGGAUGAAUGGAUGGAGAGGCAUCAAUCAAAGAAGUUCAAGGAAAUGGUGUCUGGGAUGCGACCUAGGGUGCAGGUCAAGCUGGUCCAAGAAACCGAGCUGGACAUCAAUCUGCUCAACGAGCUACAUGCCGCACAAGCACAAGGGCAUCUUUUUGAGUUUUGUGGGCUCAUUCCUCAGGCAUACGAACCCACACUAACCAACAUCCAACGGAUAUCGAAAGAAGAUGGUCUCGCGUUCCAAAAGUGGAUUAUUCCGACGUCAAAGAGUGCUCAGCAACACCGUGCUGUCCCACCCCCGAAAUAUGCUCGGAAACUGGGAUUUGUGUACAAGCUUGACUGCAUCACCAAGGAGAAACAACCCUGCGGCUUGAAACUGGACCCAAACAAAUCCCCGAAGGGCGAUGACCUGAUCGCACUGCAAAAGGCUACCGGGCUCAAUGCAAGUCAAGCUCAAGCUUUGGUGGCCGCGCUUAGCCAAGAGUUCGUCCAGAUCCAGGGGCCCCCUGGUACAGGGAAGACGUAUGUCGGUCUUCAAAUUGUCAAGGUCUUGGUGAAACAUAAAACGACAUGUCAGCUCUCCCCCAUUUUCAUCGUUUGCGAGACCAAUCAUGCUCUGGAUCAGUUCGGCGAGCAUAUCAUCCAAGCAGGCAUCGACAACGUCGUUCGGGUCGGAAGCCGCAGCAAGUCGAAGCUGUUGGAGAAACGCAACUUCAAUUUGAUGAGAAGGAUCAAAACAACCAAAGCAGAGAAGAACGCCAAGGGCAAUAUUUCAGCACAAAUCCAAGGGGCACUUUCCAUGGCCAGGAAAUGUCUUGGUCCGAUCCACCAAGCAAUGGGAAGACGACCCGCCUGGCCGCUUCUGAAGAGUUUCCUUUUGAGCAAAUAUCCCAGAGUCCACAGCCAGCUCAAACCGGAUGAUGCCGAAGGGUUUACCCUUGUUGGCGAUCCCAUCCUGAACUGGCUUGGGCAAAGGCCUUCGAGAAUCAAUCGUCUUCAUUAUCCACGAUUGAUCGGAAAAGCCUCCACCAACAUCCUUUCGCUAACAGUCGACGAGAAGUGGGCAUUGGUUUUCCACUGGCUUGAUAAGCUUGUCCAGGACCAAACCAAGUCUAUGAUGGGGCAUCUACAAAAGGCGCAGAGCCUCCGUCAAGAUCUCGCAAGACUUAAUCAGGAAAUCAACUGCAGGAUACUCAGGAAUGUAGAUAUUGUCCUGAUGACGACGUCAAGGCUGGCACAUGACAACGAAAUGCUACGCAAACUCAAACCCAAGGUCAUCAUUUGCGAGGAGGCAGCUGAGGUGAUGGAGCCUCGCAUGAUGGCGGUGUUCAUCCCCGGAGUAGAACACCUCAUCCAGAUUGGUGACCACCAGCAGUUGCGGCCGUUGGUGCAGAACUCUAUGCAGUUCAGCAUGGAGACCAAGGUUGGAAAGCACUACCAGCUUGACCGCAGCCUUUUCGAGAGACGUGUCACCGGUGAACCGGGAAUGAAGCCUCUCCCCGUCAUCCAGCUGAAUGAGCAGCAACGCAUGCCGCCCGAGAUUUCUGCGCUCAUCCGAAAUAACGUCUACAAAGACCUUCAAGAUGGCUCUAGCGUCAUGAACCGGCCACAAGUGGUCGGCCUACGAGAAAGAUUGUACUGGUGGGACCAUGAUCACGAAGAGGGCAUGGGCCUAAAUGCAACUCAAAGCAUGUCUUACAUUAACUCCGUGGAAGUUGCGAUGACGACGGCCCUCGUUCGUCAUCUUGUCCGGCAGGGCGUUUACGAAGGGAAAGACAUUGCCAUUCUGACGCCGUACGCGGGCCAGCUACUCAAACUUCAGGCCGCACUUGACGAGCAUUUUGAGGUUGUCUUGAGCGAAAGAGACGAAGAACGCUUAGCUGCUCAAGGGCUCGACAAGAAGAACAAGAUCGCAGACUCCGAUAUCCAGACCCAGACGCUGUUGCCAUCCGGCAAGAUGCAAAUGGCAGAGCCGAUACGGCUUGCUACGGUUGAUGGUUUCCAAGGCGAACAGGCAAAGGUCAUCAUCAUUUCCCUUGUGCGCAGCAACAAGAAAAGCAAAGUAGGCUUCCUGAAGCUGAAGAACCGGAUCAAUGUUCUUCUCAGUCGAGUCCAGCACGGCAUGUACCUCAUCGGCAAUGCGGCUACAUUUCCGGCUGUGGACAUGUGGAAGGAUGUUUACCGACAGAUCUCAGCCAGGAAGGCGGCGGGUCCUUCGAUCCCUCUGUGCUGCCCUCGACACCCCAAGACCCUGAUACAUUGUACAUCACCGGAGGAUUUUGUUCGGCACAAGUGUCAGGGCACAUGCUGGCUGUGCCGAAGUCAUGACGAAGAGGAAUGCGCCACGGUGAAGCACAGGACAUGCGAGAUUUGCAAGCCAGAUACAUGUGGCUUGGGCGACAUUGAGCGCAAGCUAGCGUUUCUCGAUGGGCAGCUGAGACAGUCGUCCGACAUUGCGGAUACCGAUACUGCUAAGCAACUGUUUCUCGGGAAGAACUUCGAAGAAGGGGAUGAAGACAAAACUCCUGACGGCUCACCUCCCCAAGACCGCUACGAGAGUUGCCAGAAGCUGUCAGCUCUUUGUCAGGAGACGCAAGAGCCUAUGAUGGCUCAAGACUUUUUGACGACAGCCAUGGACGGCCUCAGUCUGGGCGGGAAACCCCGUCCAAAGGCACAGGCGGAUGCCCAGGAUCCAGGUGCUUUGUCUGCUCAACUCAAGCUUCUGGGCGCAAGAGUGAUCGGGCACAAAACCCAGGAGGCAAUACUGCGCGACAAGUUCAGACUAUCGGUCAAGAUGGGCGAGGACCAAAACCCGUCCGGUACGGACGCUGAUCUGCAACUGAAGCGCUCCGUGGACUCCUUCCUGAAAACCAGCUUGGCCUUGCUCGAAGAUUGUUUCAAAGUUAGAGCGGAGAUGCCGCGUCUGACUUUCAUUACUACUAUCCUGUAUGGCAGGGUGUAUUUGAUGUUCUUACUGUAUCACCAGUGUCUGCUGUUCAACGACGACCGCGCCGUUCCUUCCGGCGCUCGGACUGAUGAACUUUCCCGCGACGAGGUGCCAAGGCGGUUGAAAGUAACUUUCGACAUAUUUGUCAAAGCACAAGGGUUUUGUGACGAGUCAUCGAAGGAGGAUGCGGAUCUCAGGAGAUGCCUGCACGAAGUGUUUCGCUUCAAGAAGAGGCCGGUUAAGAAUUUGACGUUGAAGGAGGUGGUUGCGGCGAUGAGGGAGGCGCCGGUCGUUUUCGUGUCUAACUCGGAGUGA